CCCGGCAGCGGGAGCGGAGCACGGGUUCGGAUUCAGCAGCGCUCCCCGGGCCGCGGUGAGGGGCGAGCUCCGGGCCGGGACAAAGGGCCAUGGCCGAGCGCGCCGCUGCCCAGGCUCCAGAAUGGGACAUGGAGCCCCAGCACUGGCCUCUUUCACAGCCCCACACUUUCCCCCGCCGGACGUCUGAGAGAGAAACCCCGCUGCACGCUGCGGAGAUCUCCCUGAGUCUAGUGGCUGCCAUUCAAGCUGUGGAGAGAAAAGUUGAUGCUCACGCCAUCCGGUUGCUGAAUCUGGAAGGGAGAACAGGGACGGCAGAGAAGAAAUUGAUAGGUUGUGAGAAAACCGUGGUGGAGUUCGGGAACCAGCUGGAGAGUAAGUGGGCCGUGCUGGAGACUUUGAUCCAGGAGUACGGGGUGCUGCAGAGGAGGCUGGAGAACAUGGAGAACCUGCUGAAGAACAGGAACUUCUGGGUCCUGAGGCUCCCCCCAGGCACUAAGGGGGACGUCCCCAAGGUCCCAGUGCCGUUCGAUGACGUCUCCGUCUAUUUCUCCGAGCAGGAGUGGGAGAACUUAGACGGAGGGCAGAAGGAGCUGUACAAGAACGUGAUGAAGGGGAAUUACGAGACCCUGAUCUCGCUGGACUACGCCGUCUCCAAACCCGACGUCGUGUCCCAGAUCGAGCAGGGGGAGGAGCCGUGUGUCAGAGAUCGGGAGGACUCCGAGAGCAGAGAGAUCCCUCCAGAGCCCUGCUCGGCAGAUAGCAGGGUGGUGGUCAAAGUGGAGGAGGAGAGCCCUGAGGAGGAGCCGGAGCACCUGGAGCUACAAAGGACGUUGCCAGAAAUGGAGGUUUUCCAGUGUCUGGAACAGGGAACGACCCAUGAGGAGAGUCUGUGCAGCUCUGAGAGGGAGCCCACGGACCUGCCCGGAAACGGCCUGGAGGAGCCGACUCGGUGCGGGACAGACCCCCAGGAGCUCCAGCCGUUGCUUGUUCACCUGCAGAGCCCCGCGGCAGCCAGGUUGUUCGUCUGCGCCGAGUGUGGGAAGACCUUCCGCAGCCGGCAGCAUCUCACCCUGCAUCAGAGGGACCACGCGGGAGCAGGGGCCUGCCUGCCGCAGCCCAGGGAGAGCUUGGCCCUGAAACCCAGCCCCAGACCCCACCCCGGGGCCCAGGCGGGAGGCAAACCCUACAAGUGCUCCGAGUGCGAGCGCAGCUUCUGCCACAAGUCCAGCCUGCGGAAGCACCACCUGGCGCACACCGGGGAGCGGCCCUACACCUGCGCCGAGUGCCGGAAGAGCUUCAAGCAGAGGGUGAGCCUGGUGCUGCACCAGCGGAUCCACUCGGGGAGGAGCGAAGGCUCCUUCAUCUGCACGCAGUGCGGCAAGUACUUCAGCCACCACUCCAACCUGACACGGCACCUGCGCAUCCACACGGGGGAGCGGCCCUACAAGUGCACCGAGUGCGAGAAGAGCUUCACGCGCAACCAGUACCUGGUGGAGCACCAGCGCAUGCACGCGGGCGAGCGCCCCUAUCACUGCGCCGAGUGCGGCAAGAGCUUCCGCUACAAGCGCUCGCUCUACUACCACCAGAACAUCCACCCCGGGAAGGGCUUCCCUGGGCUGGGGCCAGGGCCGGGCCACGUGGGUGUCCCAGCCCGUGUCCCGCUGUGCCUGAGUGUCAAAGGGCCCCGGCAGCACGGGAAGGGGGCGUCCACGCCUCAGGCCCUGGGGGCCGCUGCCGCCCCGCCGCUCCCGGGCCCCGGCAGCCAGGCCGCGGCUCCCCCCGGCGCUCGCUCUGCUCCGCUCCGCCCGGCAGCGGGGCCGGGACCUGCCCGUGGCGAGGCGAGGCGAGGCGAGGCGGCGCCGGGACUCUGCCCAGCCCGGAGCGGGAGCGGAGCUCGGCCGGGCCGGGCCGGGCCCGCUGGAGAAGCCCCGCCCGGGGGGGCCAUGGCCGAGCGGGCCGCUGCCCAGGCUCGGGAAUGGGACAUGGAGUCCCUGCACUCGGCUCCUCUGCAACCCCACGUUGUCCCCAAGCGAAGGGCUGUGGGAGAAACCCAGCUGCAAACGGCAGAGAUCUCCCUGUGGACUGUAGUGGCUGCCAUUCAAGCCGUGGAGAGGAAGGUGGAUUCCCAUGCCACGCAGUUACUGAGUCUGGAGGGCAGAACAGGGACAGCAGAGAAGAAAAUAUCUGACACAGAGAAAGGAAUGAUGGAGUUUAGUAACCAACUGGCUGUGCUGGGAUCUCUGAUCCAGGAAUAUGGACUGAUGCAGAGGAGGCUGGAGAACAUGGAGAACCUGCUGAAGAACAGGAACUUCUGGAUCCUGAGACUCCCCCCAGGCACAAAGGGAGAAGUCCCCAAAGUGCCAGUGACGUUCGAUGAUGUUUCCGUCUAUUUCUCUGAGCAGGAGUGGGGGAAAUUGGAUGAUUGUCAGAAAGACCUUUACAAGAAUGUGAUGAAAGGCAACUAUGAAUCAUUGAUCUCACUGGACUACGCCAUCUCCAAACCUGACCUUCUGUCCCGGAUUGAACGGGGGGAGGAGCCGUGGGAGGGGGCUCAGGAGGACUCCGAGGAGAGCAUGAUCCCAGUGGAGCCUAGCACAGAAUCGCUGAGCCUUACUCAUGACAUUGUAUCGUGGGUAAAACAAGAAGACCUGUACAUCAGGGAUCAGUGGGACUCAGAGGAGAGAGAGAUCUCUACAGAGCCCAACACAGCAGAUGACGAGGUUGUAGUCAAAGCUGAGGAGGGAAUCCCGGUGAGCCUGGAGUUGUACAGCACGUUGCCUGGACGACUAGAAGAGACUGUUUUCCAGUACCCUGAGCAGGAACCGAUCUGUGAUGAUCAGGGCAACGUCAGCAUCCAGGGAGAAUACCCUGAUGGGAACAGACUGGGGGACUCGGCUGCAGGCGAGGGAGACUUCAGUAACUUCACCACAAUCAUUGUCCAAGAGGAGAGCCUCCCAGGAGAGGCACCGUACGUCUGUUCUGAAUGUGGGAAAAGCUUCCUCUACGAGCAGCAGUGCGUACUGCACCAGAGGAUUCAUGACGGAGCCCACACGCCUCCUGAGCGCAGGGAGAGCUUCAAGCAAAACCACUGUCUCAAAUCCUGCCCACAGAGCCAGCCGGGGGAGAGACUCUAUAACUGCCCUGAGUGCGAGCGGAGCUUCCCUCACAAGUCGAGCCUCAGCAAACAUCAGCUCUCCCACACGGGGGACCGGCCGUACACCUGUGCUGAGUGCAAGAAGAGCUUCCGGUUGAAGAUCAACCUCAUGAUACACCAGAGGAGUCACGCGGGGAAGAGCAGGGGCUUGUAUAUCUGCAAUGAAUGUGGGAGGGGCUUUAACCACCAUUCGAACUUCAUUAGGCACCAGAUGAUCCACACUGGGGAGAGACCCUAUGGCUGCACCGAGUGCGGGAAAACCUUCAUGCGAAAGGAGCACCUCCUGACCCACCGGCGCCUGCACACGGGAGAGCGGCCCUACCAGUGCACCGAGUGCCGGAAGAGCUUCACCCGCAAGCAGCACCUGGUGGGACACCAACGCAUCCACACGGGGGAGAAACUCUGGGGGACGCUGGCAGCACAGAGACGCUUGCACGACCUGCCAGGCAAAGCGCACAGGGGAGAGCCUGUGUCGCUGCACUCGAUGCACAAGGAGUUCCCCCCAUAGAUGCUGUGUUAAAUGCUACCAGGGAGCUCUGGCUGGGGACAAUGAUCAUGAUGGCAUCUGAGCAAGGGAGUGAGACCAAGUCUCUGGGUGUUGAACAGAGAACUAAAUGUCAGCGGGAUGAUCUGUGGAGAGGUCUAGGCUGCUGCUUUGUUAACAGUUGAGUCCAUUCCCACUAUGGCAAAAAACAGCUAGGCAGCCUCAGUGCUCCAUGGGAAGCUUGUUGUUCUUUUCCUGUGUUUCUCUCUUGCUAAUUCAUUACACUAAAGGUAGUUGCAUCUUUCUUAAA